CCGACCUCUGCUCUCAAAUGGAGGAGUGAGGUCUGAGAGGGAGGAGGACAACUUUUGCCUCUGCCUUCCCGAAACCCUAACCCUAAAAUCGUUCUCUCUCUCUCUCUCUCUCUCUCUGUUUCCCUUUCUCUCUUGCUCUCUCUCCUGUGAGUUAUUGGUUUGUAUUUCUCUUUCUUGAUAGCUUCUUCCAAUGCCUUCAGUCUCUGAAGAGGAUCUUCCUGCAAUUAGAGCUCUCGGUCAUCUCUUUAGGCUCAAGGAAGUCUUCCUAGAGGAUGACGCACAGGAUGAAUUGCCUCAUUUAAUGGUUCAUGAUGCGAGUGUAAAGUUCCAUGACCUGAUUUUUCAAGCGAAUUUUAGUUUGUACACUCUUCCAGACAAACAAACUUCUACUAAGCUGAAUGUCGAGCAUCUUGUUAAUGAUUUUACUGCUUCAUCCGAGGAUACACAACUUGCUGAAGAGAUGAUUGCAUUAGGUCUUCCAUUAUCAUUCAGCGCAAGAAGAGAGACUAUAGCAUUGCAGCAGAAAACUGUAGCAGGUAAAGGAAGAAGGAAGCAUCGGCAGGUACUAUCAGAUGAUACCAAUCAUAAAGAUGCGCAGGAAGUUUCCAGAAUGAGUCGUGAAGGGGGAACUGCCUCUCCUCUCUCUUUCAGUGAUGGCAUUGAAGAGUUCCCGACAAUGUCUCUGGACAAGAUAGCUGGAAAUGAGUAUGAUAGUGCAGAAAUUUGUUGUAACUUACACAAUUUCCAUGGUGAAGGAAUCUGUGAGAGCUUAUCAGUUAAUGGUGGGGAGGAUCAGAAGUUUUCUUGUAAAGGGAUAAAUGGGGUGAUUGCUAGUAAUGGUAUGGAUCAUGACACAAUCCUGGCAUGUAGUUCAGAGGAUAUUGGGCAAGUUGCACAUUCCUCUUCUCAAUGCCACAUUCAAAUUUCAUCAGGAACGAGAAUUCUAGGAACUAAUGGGCUCAUUUGUCAUGGAAAAGACAAAGAACAUGUGGAAGGUAAACAGGAUGGAUUUCUUCAAAAGAAAGAUAAACAGGAUGGAGAUGUCUAUUUUGUAAAUGGCAUUGCUGAAGUAGAUGAUAUUGAUGCCAAAAGAGAGGCCGAACAGCUGUGGAAUUCUCAGUCUGUUGACUGCCUUGAUCCUUCAGUAUCAAUUGAACAUGACUGCCAAGAUGGUGAUGUUACUUGUAGUAUGGAUCAUUUUAAUGAUCUGGGUGUAUGGAGAGCAGUUUGGGACAGUUACUAUGACAGAAAUUAUUUCUACAACAUAGAAACAUACGAGACAACUUGGUACCCUCCUCUGGGCGUGGAGCAUUUGGCAUCUUGUGGCGUCACAUGUGAUAUAAGUGAGAUGAUUGUUGAUCGAGAUGACAGAAACUUUGGCUUGGAAAACUUUUGCAAGGAUAACCAAGGGUUUGAGAAAAGUAGUUUGCAAGAUGCUUGUGAUUGCACAGAUGGGGAAGUGCAGGACCCAAAGAAAAUGUUUGAGGAUUCUUCCAUGUGCCAGGAGGUCAAUAAUUCUUGCAAGGAAGACCUGCAUCCAGUUCCUCUGUCUGCUUUGCUUGACAGUUCACAAGCAACACCUUCUGAUGCCUGUUCUGAAGAUUUGUGGAUCAGUGAUUUGCAGUUGCAAUCUCUGAGCCUUCCAGAGGAUGAACUGGACAUGCCGAAGGAGCUUUCUCAUAAAAAGAAAAAGAAAACGAAGAAGGGUGCACGGUUUCUAACAGAAUCUUUUUCUAUUGACUCCAUCAGAGAAUUACCAUUGCUAGGAACAGGGAAAGGACAAGCCCUUAACGUGGAAAAGUAUUGGUUUCAGCGCUACCAGCUCUUUUCUAGAUUUGAUGAAGGUGUGAAACUAGAUAAAGAAGGAUGGUUUUCGGUGACUCCUGAACUGCUUGCCAAGCAUCAUGCCACACGCUGUGGACAUGGCACUAUAAUUGAUUGUUUUACUGGAGUUGGUGGCAAUGCGAUCCAAUUUGCUAGGAAGGGCAAUCAUGUUAUUGGGAUAGAUAUAGACCCGCAGAAGAUUAAUUAUGCACAACACAAUGCAAGGGUCUAUGGUGUUGCUGAUCAUAUUGAUUUUGUAAAGGGAAAUUUCUUCCAUCUGGCACCUACAUUGAAGGCAGAUGUUGUUUUCAUGUCUCCUCCUUGGGGAGGUCCAGACUAUGCCAAGGUUCAGAAAUAUGAUAUCAACAUGCUUAGGCCCUAUGGAGGAACUUUCCUAUUUGAUACUGCGAGGGUGGUUGCGUCAACGGUUGUCAUGUUCCUGCCCCGAAAUGUGGACCUAAAUCAAGUGGCAGAGCUCUCCUUGCUAGCCAGCCCUCCCUGGAUGGUUGAGGUGGAGAAGAACUAUGUGAAGGGAAAACUAAAAGGAAUCACAGCCUACUUCCAUGAUACAUCCUUAUAGAAAAGUCAUAUUCGUCAUGUAUCAUCUAUCCAUGGCCCCUGAAAACAAGUUCAAAUAGAGAGGUAUUGAACCCUAUUUUUGGCUCUACAAGGUCACGUUUAAGGUUCUAGUAGCUGCUAAAAUGUAUUGUAAGAUUUUUCUUUUUGUAGAAAGUUUUUGUAUGCUAUCUAAAUUAUGGUGUAUAUUUGGCUUCUCUUCUUUAGGAAAAUGUUGGUUAAUGAAAAUGUUAACCAUCUCAAAAACUUACUGUUAAUUAAGUAAUUUACCAACAAGAGUAUACUUUGUAAAAAUUCUUGACUUUGAGUACCCGUACUCUCAGCUAGUAUUAUAUUAAUAAGCUUAAA